AUGGUGCGAAGUAUUUGCGGAGAGAAGCCAAAACAAUGGGAUUAUGCACUGCCACAGGUGGAGUUUGCAUACAAUAGUACAGUUCAUAGUGCAACCGAGAAGUCACCGUUUUCCAUUGUUUAUACUGCUGUGCCUAAUCAUGUUGUAAAUCUAGUGAAGUUUCCUAGAGGCCAGAAAAUCAGUGUUGCAGCAGGAAAUUUGGUUGAAGAAGUGGUGGUUGUUCGAGAUGAAGUGAAGCAAAAACUCGAGCAAACUAAUGCUAAGUACAAAACCACUGCAGACAAGUAUAGGCCAGUUAAGGUGUUCUAA